CGGAGGAGGUGCGGGCUCCCCGGCCAGCUGACCGCAGCGAGCAGAGAGCCGCAGGCCGCCGCUUCAGACGGAGUGACUCUGCCGGACGGGGAAACCUGAUGAAGUUCACCCGGGAAAUCUGCCGGCUGCUGGGCCUGGGGGGCGAUGGAGCAGAUGAGGAGGAAAUGGAGGUGCCAGGUGGAGCUCCUGGCCAGAUGCAUGGAGAAAAAGACAACUGCAUGUCACAGGACAUACUCAGCGCAGAAGAAGGCUUCAGUGAUGAAGAGAGAACAAGACGGAGAGCAGAGAGACGGCGAGCCAAAAGGAAAAGACAGAAAGAGCGGAAGAAGCUGGAGCGAGAGGAGAGGAUGGAGAAUGCUCCAGAACAGGAGGAGGAGGAGGAGGAGGAGGGCGGCGGGGCAGGGAUGGACAGCGACAGUGAGGAGGAAGUUAGAGAGGAGACGGCGAGGACGGCGGCCAGUCCCAGGAACAAAAAGGCUGCUGAUUCAGCGCCCGCCCUGGUGACGACGAGGAACAAGAGCAACCAGCGGCCCCCCCACAGGAGCUCAGAGGAGGAACCUGAGUGGGAUGUGAGCAGCGCGUUUGUGGCCAACGCUGCCAGCCACAUCAGACCCAAAGGCCCCAAGAGCAGAGCUGGACUCGGUUCCAAAGAGAACAAGGAGAAUGAGGCGAGGAGCAGCCAGGUGGAGAGCUCAGGUCCACUGAAGAGGAGGGGAGCAUCUCUGACAGAGCAGGGAAUCGAGAUGUUCAAGCAAGGUCAAUACAGCCAGGCCGUGAAAAUGUUUACAGCCGCCAUCUACUGUGACCCCAAGGACCACAGGUUCUUUGGGAAUCGGUCGUACUGCUACUGGUGCUUAGAGAGGUACUCCUCCGCCCUAUCAGACGCCCAGAGGUCCAUCCAGCUGGCUCCUGAUUGGCCGAUGGGAUACUUCCGCAAAGGGAGCGCCCUGAUGGGGUUAAAGCGGUACGGCGAGGCGGAGGAGGCCAUGCAGCAGGUGCUGAAGCUGGACCAGCAGUGUGAGGAGGCGUCCAGCGAGCUCUUUAACUGCCGGGUCCUGCAGCUCAUGGAGUUGGGUUUUGAGGAGGUACAGAGUAUUCUGCUGCUAGAGAAGUUCACCACUGUCCAGGCUGCCCUCGCCUCCUCCGAGGCAGCCAAAGCACUGAACCACACGUCUCAUCAGGACCAGAGUGGGAGUCCCUGUCCUUCUCUGUGGGUGGGGAACGUGACGUUGGAGAUCUCAGAGAAACACAUCUGGGACCUAUUCAAAACGUACGGGGAGAUAGAAAGCAUCAGAGUUCUUCACGAGCGCUUCUGUGCCUUCGUCAACUUCAAAAAUGCCGCCAUGGCUGCCAAAGCCCUGGAGAAGCUGCAGGGGGUGGAGCUAGGGAGCAGCAAGCUGGUGAUGAGGUACCCAGACCGCUGGAUCCACAGGACCUCGCCCUCCGUACAGAGGAGCAGCCCCGGCCUCGGCCCCAACGCCCCGGGGACGCAGUACAGCUCGGCCGCCGCCGCCGCAGGGUCCAGACGGAGGAUGCCUAUAAAUGGAGACGAGUGUUUCUACUGGAGGACAACCGGCUGUUUCUACGGCGACAAGUGCCGCUUCAGACACAUCCCAGACCAGCGAGGCAUAGACAAGAAACCGUGGCAACCCUAACAAUGCGCUUCUCUCAGUGCCAUCCCCACCACCACCAAGGCACAUUAAAGGAUGGAUCAGAAUGAAAUGGCAGAGGCGAAAAGAGAACGAGGAGAAUGGAAGAGAAAGAGGGAAAGUGGAUCCAUGAGGGAGAAGAUCUGCCUCCUUAAAAACAAAAAGAGGAAGAGGUGGACUUGAGAACACUGACACUUUAAUUUGUGUGUGUGUGUGUGGGUGUGUUUGCCUGAUCUGAGUGUGUGUGUUGCCUGUGUAUGUGUAUGUUGGCCAAGUUGAGGCACUUUCAGGGUCCAUGAAGCAACCUUAGAGGGUUCUUUGAAGAACCUGUUCCUAAGGAAUUCAUGAACCCUUGUGAUAGUGCAACUUUUUGGGGGAUUUUUUGAUUUUUUUUUUCCCCUUCUGGGACCUUUUUUAUAUUAAAGAACCAUUAAAUAUUUCUUAGCUCCCUUUGCUCCCUUUUCUUAGACAAAUAUGUCUGGUUGAAGCCUGGAAACAGCACAGGAGCUCUGUUCUGUGGCUUCUCAGGUACACCACUGCUCCACUGUUGAAAUACCUCAAGAUGCACCAUUCAAAAAAAUCAAGUGAUGUGCUUUUAUAUUACAAGAGAAAAGUUCCUCACAAACUGACAAACGGAUGAUGCCCUUCUCACUCGACCCUGCAUGUUUUAAAGAUACUGAACAGCAAACUGUCAGACUGAACUUCCAAAAAAAUGUGGAAUAUACAGAAUUUUGUUGAUGUGAUUUAUUUUAUUGAAGCACAUGGUCUGAGGAGCAAGUGCAUUUAGGGAGCAUCCAAGUCCACUUUUGCUAUUUUAAUGGUGGAAAAAAAGACUUCUUGUGCCAGAUGCAUUCUUCAACAGGGUUGUACUUAGUCUCUUAAUUAGUUAUGGGUGUGUUUUGGAUUUAACAUGCAAUAUACCAAUCAGAGUGCCCUCUGCCUUUCCCUUUAAAAGCCAGGUGCACCGUGGCAGAUUGCUAUUAUAAUGGUGCAUUUACCAGGUAAGGGGGAACACUUCUCUGCAGAGGAAACGUCAACAGCAGGAUACAACCAAAGCUCCCUGAGGUGAAGCAGGCGUCUGUGUGUGUGUGUGUGUAACAAACAGAGUGUACACAUGCAAUGCACCUGACUAUGUGGGCGUGCAUUGCUAUCUUGAGUGGAAAACUGUUGUCAGUCUAAUCAGUCCUGGUUUUGGUUGGUCAAUGGUGCAGUCACUUUUAAAUGCCCCAAGAUAGCAAUGUGCCUGAUCAGGCCUCAUUUUAAGACCAACAUGCCCAUGGGUGCUCAGAUGGACACAAGCGCAUCUGUUAUUUACAUAACGUGGGCGUUGGUUGGAAACUAGUAAACAUACUUGCGUUGCAUUUGGUCCCGUGUUGUUCCUGGUGUGAGAUACGAUAUUUCAUGCUUAUUCCAUAGUUUUUGUCAUUUGAACCUUUAGUAGUGCACCUUUAAGCCGCUGAAGGUGUGUUUUAUUACUUGACAUUUUGUUUGACUUCAUGGAAACAUAAUUCUGAUUAUGAGUAAAGUAAUACAGUUUGCUGGAUGUCAGAUAUUCUUCUGCUGUUUCCUUGGAUAUCUGACCAGUUGAAGUAAACAAUCUGAAUUGUCAAUCAUCUAUAUGUUGAGUGAGUAGUGGAGGAAGGAGAGGGCCAUUAACUGGGCAUUUGGGCGUGUGUGCAUUCAACAGCUCUUAAGGCCAGAGUCUACUGCUGGAAUACAAGUGUUAACUCAUCACCUCCAUGAUACCAGAGUUUACGAGUUGUGAUGUCCCACCUCAACACGUGGGCAAUUUUAAAACAGUGUGCCUUUUCAUUAGUAAUUAAUAUCCAACUUGCCUUUUUCCAUCAUAAUUUGAACAAUUAACAUUGAGUGCUCCUAUCAGUAAGCAAGCAGCCAUGAUCUAGCGUGGAUUGUGAACAUCUUACAGCGGACACUGUCACUAGUCCAGCUUCUUGAUGAUAACCACCCAUGGUCAUGUGACAUUUUUCAGACUUUAUGAGUUGCCAAGUACGACCCAAAUCCAGAAUAAUUAUGUCUUUCACAGUGUGGCUUUAAGUUUCAAUUCUUCAUUUUCUUUGGAGAGUGACUCCACCAACACCAGAAUUUCAUUUUAGUGAACGUACAACUUCCAAUUACUGGAAAUGGGUCUCUUCUCUCUUGCAGUCCCACUUCAUGAUUCAGGCUGAUGCAAUGAGUGUAUUUUUUAUGUAGAAGUGUUGCCUAGUGCAGCUUUAAGGUCAUGAUUUUCCUUUACAAAAUGGACAUACAGCAUUUUGAAAUAUAACACGAAGACAUGAAGACAUUAUAAACAGAUUGGUGUUGGAGCAAAGAAGAACUAACUAACUUUUCACACUGAUUGGCCGAUGAGGCAGUGAUGGAUGAUGUGGCCUCUCACUAAAACCUUUAUGAUUUCCAAACAGAUUCCUCCAGUAUUGGCCCAGUCAAACAACAUGGAUGUGCCCCAUGUUGUUUGACUGGGCCACUGAAUAAAUAUAGAGCACUUUGGCUGCAUGGUGUUUGCAAAAAUCAGCUAAAAUGGUUAAAAGUGGCUAUAAACAGACAUGUCUUAUUUCUUGUUUCAUGUAGCCUGCAGUCAUGAAAAUGAUUGACUUUUUGUGAAAACUGAAGAUAUUGUGCCUAAAAAUUGCAUGACGUUGGAGACCUCUGCCAGGGCAAGACAUGGAUUUGGCAAAAGGCAUUGAACCUCAGCGGUAGGAAGAUCCUACUGUUGUGCACACUCUGUGUAUUAAAUAUGUCCCAUGCUGCCUGUCUUUUCUACUCUUUGUGCUUAGAACAGUCACUCUGUCCUUGUGUGGCAACUGGCAAUACAUUCAAACAAUGAGGCCUCUUCAAAGUGUUUGAAGGAUGAUUCUACCAGUCGAUGGACCUGUCCUCGGUCUGUAUGUUGGUAAGAGCUGCGACCUACUGCUCAACCACAAACUGAAUGAGAAACAGCUGCGUUACAGCAUAGGAUCAGCCACAGCCUGUAACCGUCCCUUAUCAGUCAUUUACAGCAAACCACAGCUUUAUCGUUUGGAUUGGAUUUAUUCUCAGGUCACAAUAAAGUACAGAUUAACCAAA